UUAUGACCCCAAAAUUUAUCCUUGGCUGUUCCUUGUUCUUCUGAGAAAAAUUAGCUUAAUAGCGUCUUCAAGGAUUCGAUCUUUUUUGCUCUUAAUCAGCUCUUGUGAUUUUGACUGGCUCGAUCAAGAUCAAAAAUCUCAGCAAAGUGCACAGUGCGGGUGGGAAGAUGCUGCAAAGUGUACGGAGAAGCAGGUUAUCUAUUAACAGAUUCAUAUGUGCCUUAAAAUCACACAAUAACUCGAAUGCUUUCUUCGAGAACGCGCCUACCAAGAGUGUUUCUGAUGUGGGUAUUUGUGGGUUUUCUUCUCUGGUAUCGGAAAAUGCUGCCGCGAAUCCUUUUGUAAGGAGGGAAUUAGCAGAAUCAGCUUAUGCAAGCAAAUCUUCUAUCCUUGCUAAUCCCAUAGCUAGGGUUAUGAACAAAGGUGAUGGACUUCCUUUACUAUUCAGAGACCGUCCAAAUAUGAAACACGUAACGACUUUUCAGGCACCAUUUCAGGUUGCCAAUAUCAAUGGUAUAAAAUUCAAGAUGCCUUGCUUUGCUAGAACAUUUGCAUCAAAGGCUUCUGAAUCAACUGGACAAAAGCGAUCAGAGGGCCGAAAAGAGGUAUCUACCGUUGAUGAUCCCUUUGAUGCUCCCACAUAUAAUAUCCCGGAGAAGCCUGUGACAUUUACAGAAGGGGCUUCCUACAGUGUUGUCAUUCUUGCGGGGUUAGGAGUUGCUGCCGCUGCUGCAUAUGCUGUUUUUAAGGAACUUAUAUUUGAGCCAAAAGAGUACAAAAUUUUUGGGAAGGCUCUCGAUAGGAUUCAACAUGACAGCCAGGUUAGGGUGAGAAUUGGAUCCCCUAUUACUGGGUAUGGAUCAGAAAGUAGGAACCGUGCAGCUCGCCAACGCAUUCCAAACAGAAUAUGGACUGAUGAGGAUGGGGUUGAACACGUUGAGGUCAAUUUCUAUAUUCGGGGACCACAUGGAGCUGGCAAAGUUUUUGCAGAGAUGUUCCAAGACAAAGAAGAGAAGCAGUGGAAGUUCACCUAUUUGAUCGUUCAGAUCAACUCACCUUCCCCGGCACAACUGAUGCUCGAGUCUUAUGUCCCAGCCUGAAUAAAAACCGCUAAAUGUCUUGCUGCAUUCUGUCUCUGACACCCUUCAAUCACACAAAUAGUUCUCCAAUUUUUUACUUACCAAGAUGUGAUCAAGGACAAAUUCUUGAAUGGGGUGUGUUUUCUGAUUUUGAUGGGAUGCAACAAUUGGUAUCAACCCCACAGUCUGCUGUUAUUCAUUUUUCAUGCCAGCCAUGGUGUUGAAAUAGGCAUGCUGUCACCUUACAUCUUUGUUUUUUGAUAUUUUCAAAGCUCAUGUAAUGCAUGGUGCAUUGACAAUGGGAUAGGAGUUUAUUCUUACAUGUUUCUUGAUAUAAAAUGCAAUGCAACUUGAAGUUAAGCUAUUGCAUUUCAAUGUUUGGUACAA